AGAGUUAGCAAUAACGAAGGAGAACGAGAAGUAAAGCUCACUAACCAACUUAAGACCACCAACGACAGCUGCAAAUGAGAAAAGCCAAGCUAAUAUUCAUCCCCGUUCCAGGAAUUGGUCACCUGGUGCCUAUUUUAGAGUUUGCAGAGCGGCUGUUUGAUCGAUAUGAUCAAUUUUCAGUAACAGUUCUUGUCAUUCCAUCAUCAUUUGUCCCUGAUUCAGACGCAGAUACAAAAACUCUAGCUGCAUCAUCCGAUUCUCGGAUACAAUAUAGAGCCAAAGCCCACGCCAAAGAAGCUAUAAUCAACCUUGUUUUGCCUGAUUCAACCUCCAACUCAGUUCUAGUCGUUGGCUUGGUUUUGGACUUCUUUUGUACCGCCAUGAUUGACAUAGGGAAAGAACUUGGAAUUCCUUCGUACUUGUUUUCCGCCUCGUGUGCAGCGUUUCUUAGCCUCAUGUUCGACCUUCCAACUAGACAUGAUCAGGCUGGUCGUGAGUUUGAGGAAUCAGAGCCUGAGUCAAUCAUCCCAGGUUAUGCAAAACCUGUACCUACUGGUGUUUUGCCCUCCUUUUUAUUUAACAAGCAUGGGGGCUACCUUUCAUUGCUAGAACAUGCAAGAAGAUUCAAGGAGGUUGAAGUCUUUGAUGGAAUGUUCUAUUUCUACACCAUCUACCCGGUUGGUUCACUGGUCAGUCUCAAGGGUCUGAAGAUUUUACAGAUUGACAAAGCUGAAAACAAUGAGAUCUUGGGAUGGCUUGAUCAACAGCCUCCAUCAUCAGUAGUUUUCUUGUUCUUCGGAAGCUUAGGGAGUUUUGAUGAGCCCCAAGUAAGCGAAAUUGCAUGUGGGCUCGAGCGUAGGGAGUUCAGAUUCCUGUGGUCAGUGCGCAAGGCGCCAGCAAAGGGCGAAUUCGAGGCACUAAGGGAGUACACCAACCUUGAUUUAGAGGGCAUCUUGCCAGAUGGAUUCUUGGAGAGAACAAAGAAGAAAGGGAGGAUUUGCGGGUGUGCACCCCAAGCGGAUGCCCUGGCCCAUGUAGCAGUUGGAGGGUUUGUGUCGCACUGCGAGUGGAACUGUAUCUUUGAGAGCUUGUGGAAUGGGGUACCAAUUGCAACAUGGCCAAUCUAUUCAGGGCAACAAAUGAAUGCAUUUCAGAUGGUGAAAGAUUUAGGGCUGGCUGUGGAGUUGAAGUUGGAUUAUAGGAUGGGCAAGGGUAAGCUUGUGAUGGCGGAUGAGAUAGAAAGAGCCGUUAGAUGCGUGAUGGAUGGUGAAAGCGAGGUCAGAUUGAGGAUUAAGGAGAUGGCUUAAAAGAUUAGAGAAGCUGUGGUGGAUGGUGGAACUUCAUUUGCUUCAUUCGGGGAAUUGGUUAAGGUUAUGCUGCGGUAAUGCACUUCUUCAGCAAGUUUGGAACUCUGGAAAAAGCCUGCUUAUUUGUGCUUAAUUAAUAAAAACCUUCCUCAGUCUCAAAACAGAACGGCUGACACUAUUUACAGCAUUUUGUUAGGGAAAUGUUCAUACAGAUCUAGGUCUGGUUUGACAUUGAGAUUAAGUUGACAAUUAUUUGUUUAAAAAAUUAUAGAAACAAAAUAUUGUUCAAAUACAAGUUUGGAUUACAAUUUUCUAACGAUUUACAGGUGCAAAACUCUACUCCAAAGCUGGUCU